CUCAUUUUUAAAAAUUAGCUUUUUUUUUUUUGAAAUAGGAUAUCGGUAUAUAGACCAAGCUGACCUCGAAUUUGUGAUACUCCUGUCCAGCCUCGGAAGUUGCUGGUAUUAUACAGACCUGUGUGUUUGAAGCCAGCCUGGUCUAUACAGCGAGCUCCAGGACAGAGCUUUCUAGAAAGACUAUUUCAAAAAGGAAAAAAAGGAAAAAUCUACCAAGGCCUUGUGCUUAGCUAAUACCACUUAUACAAAAUUUAUCCUUAUGCGUAGGCAGCAAAAAUCAUUAUUUUUUCUGUUUGUUGCGGCUUGUGGCCACGCCUCCCUGGCUGGGCAGUCCUGCUGGCCCCUCAGACUCAGUUACACCUUUCCGUCUGGAAUGAAGUCCUGGUUCCUGUCCUUAGUGUUUUGAUAUGUUCCAUCCUCUCCCCAAUGCCUCGUUUCUGUUCCGAAAAUACUUCCUAGCUUUAUCGACACCCACAUUGGAGAGCGAGCCAUAGCCUCGCGCAUACAUACCAGAAAAGUGGAGUUUCUUAUUUUUCUCUUUCUCUUUCUUUUCUUUCUUUCCUUUUUUCUUUCUGGUGUUGGAGGUCGAACCUAGGGCUUUCUAGCAUGUUAACCAAGGGCUCUCCCACUGACCUGCACACCCAGCUCCUUGCUUAGCUCUUCUUGUUUCUGCCUCCAGGGAUGCUUUUAGGGCUCCGUCCCUGGUCUUAACCACGCCUCUAAUCUUGACUAAGUCCCCCAACCCUCCCUGCGCCGCCCAUCCAUUCCAAACUUGACCCCGUCCCCUAGACUGGACCUUGUUCUGCCUGAGCUAGGCUUUCCAAGUUGGGUCGUCGGCCCCAGCUAGGACCCCUGGUUCUUGACACGCCUCUGAGCCCCUUCCCACUCAAGUCAUGAUUUCCGGGCUUGCUGCGCUGUUAGCUUCCCCCUGCCCCGGUCCCGCCUUCUGGGCAGCCUGGACUCUGCCUUGGCCACCUCCCUAAACCUCUUCCAGCUCAAGUACAGCCUUCCGGACGCGCCCCUUGGCCUCUUCCUACUGAAGCCACGCCUUCCUGUUGUAGCUGACAGCCUUCGAUCUGCUCCUCUGCCACUGGCUUCACCCCUCCAUUCAGUCGGUCUUUUCCAAAUGCCGCGCCCCCAAACAUCUCCCCCGCCCCCCUGCCCCCGUCUCCCUUCCUCUCCCCUUCCUCCAAAACCCCGCCUUCGGAGUGUGCUGCUUUUCCCCAGGACCACUCCCCUCCCGCCGGAGCCUCGCCUUCGAGGCGAGCGGCUCUCCUCGGUCUGACCCGAACCUCGUCUGCUUGCCUCGGCUCUGCUUGCCUCUGCUCGCCACGUCUCCUGGCUCUGGCCACGCCCCGAGCCCCUCCUUGCAGGAGCCACGCCUUCUGGGUUGCCCCGGCCCCUCUGGCUUUGCAGCUUCUAGUUGGCUCCACCUCCUGGCCACGCCCCCGGACGACCCCCGCCCGAGCCUUGCCUUCUGGUUUGCAGUUCGCCUUGCACCCCGGCCCCGCCUCGUGCCCCCUCCUCACUCAAGCCACACCUUCUGGGUUUGCUCUUCGCCUUGCACCCCGGCCCCGCCUUGUGCCCCCUCCUCACUCACCUCCCUCUAGCCACACCUUCUGGGUUCGCCUACCCUCAGUUCCACCCGGUGGCCGAGCUAGUCAGGCCUCGUCAGUCACCAGUCCCGGCCUCCAGCCGGCGGUGAAGCCGGGCCGGUGCAGUCCCGGGCCGGUGCAGUCCCUUCCCUAGGAAGGGACAGUAGGGCUCCUCGACAGGCCUCCGAAAGUCGCGCCGGUUUGGCCAGUCCGGCCACCUCAGCGCCCUCAGGGGAUUGCGGGCCUCACCACCACCGGAAACGGAAGCGCGGGACAGCAGGACCAUGGCGACGCUGUUCGACCUCCCAGACUUGGUGCUCUUGGAGAUCUUCUCUUACCUCCCGGUCCGGGACCGGAUCCGCAUCUCCAGGGUCUGUCACCGCUGGAAGAGGCUGGUGGACGAUCGGUGGUUGUGGCGACAUGUCGACCUGACGCUCUACACGAUGCGUCCGAAAGUCAUGUGGCACCUUCUGCGCCGGUACAUGGCAUCCCGGCUCUACUCGCUGCGCUUGGGCGGCUACCUGUUCUCUGGCUCUCAGGCCCCACAGCUGUCCCCUGCCUUGAUGCGGGCCCUGGGCCAGAAGUGCCCCAACCUGAAGCGCCUGUGCCUGCACGUGGCUGACCUGAGCAUGGUGCCCAUCACCAGCCUGCCCAGCACGCUGAGGACCCUGGAGCUGCAUAGCUGCGAGGUCUCGAUAAUCUGGCUGCAGAAGGAGCAGGACCCCACAGUGCUGCCGCUGCUGGAGUGCAUCGUGCUGGACCGAGUGCCAGCCUUCCGUGACGAGCACCUGCAGGGCCUCACCCGCUUCCGAGCCCUGCGCUCGCUGGUGCUGGGUGGCACCUACCGGGUCACCGAGACCGGGCUGGAUGCCAGCCUGCAGGAGCUCAGCUAUCUGCAGAGGCUAGAGGUACUGGGCUGUACCCUGUCAGCCGACAGCACCCUCCUGGCCAUCAGCCGCCACCUCCGAGAUGUGCGUAAGAUUCGGCUGACCGUUGGGGGCCUCUCAGCCCAAGGCCUGGUUUUCCUGGAGGGAAUGCCUGCCCUGGAGAGUUUGUGCUUCCAGGGUCCCCUCAUCACUCCAGAAAUGCCCACACCUGCUCAGAUUGUGUCCUCCUGCCUCACCAUGCCUAAACUCAGAGUGCUUGAGGUGCAAGGGCUGGGCUGGGAGGGGCAGGAGGCAGAGAAGGUUCUAUGCAAGGGCCUGCCCCACUGCAUGGUGAUUGUCAGGGCCUGUCCCAAAGAAUCCAUGGAUUGGUGGAUGUGAAGGUGUCAUCCAUCCAUCCCUGGGACCUAUCCUAGCUUUUAAAGUUGACCUUCUAAGCAGCAGACUGAAGCAUGUAAAUUAAUCAGGCUUGAGGAAGCUGGAGGUCACAAGGAAAAGAAGCCAGGACCUUUGGGCCUGCAAGCUGGGGUUGUCUGUCAUCUAGAUGACCUCAGCCUUGUCACCCAGCCUCUGGGAGGCCCAGUUCACACGUUUAGGAAUAGGCAUCAUAGCUACCUCAUGAUUCAUUUGCAAAUCUUUACACCCCACACCCCUUUUUUCCCAGUACUUGGGGAUCAAACCCAUGUUCGGCCAGCACUGCUGUGCUCCUGAGCUACACUGGAGCCCUGGAAAGCCUUAGUUUCUAAUAGACCCCAGAAGAGGGGUCAUUUUCAGGGUGCAGGUGGACAGAGUUCAGGCUCUGAGGUCUGCCUGGCUGUCUGCUUGUAUGCUUGGGAAAUAAGCUAUUGGAUUGUCCUAGUGUUCUAAAAAUCUCUCAAUUGUAUUUUCUGUAUUUUGUAUCCUGCCUUUUUCAAGUUUUCUACAGCAUAUAAUAUUUUACUAUUAAAGAAAAAUAAUGGUUUUUCAAA